AUGCAUUCGUAUGGAUCAGCUGAUUUAAGCACAUCGCCCAAACCAUCCAACGGGGUCACAAUCAAUCUAGGAAAGUCUAAAUUUGGAAAAUCUGGCAAGGCACCAAAAGAAUCUAUAGCUGCCUCCUCUAUGCUUAAGAAAAAAUCAAACGGUAACAACAAUUCAUCGGGUGGAUCGACGGCCUUUUCAAGCACACUGGCCAAUGAGCUAUCAAACAUCGAGCAGUGGGACUGCCCACUUUGCAUGGAGCAGGUUGACAUGGGCGAUGUCAACUUUGUUCCCUGCGAAUGUGGCUAUCAAAUUUGCAGGUUUUGCUGGCACCACAUCAAAUUUGUCCUUAAUGACCUGUGUCCCGCUUGCCGUAGGUCAUAUUCCAAGCAGGAAGAUAGCCCCCUUGUUUCUUUGAAGCCUCUAUCCACCACUCAAGGCAAUGCAUGUCUAAAGAAAAAGAAGCCAGCAGCUACCACCCUGUCUUCUGACCAGAUUAUCCCGCUUGAUAAUAACGGGACCCGAGGUGGGGCACCGCUUGGAAAUGUUCUUGCAUCUAGAAAGCAUUUGAUUGAUGUUCGGGUUCUGCAGUCUAAUCUUGUCUAUGUGGUUGGAAUUCCUCUUUCUCUUUCCCUGUACCGGUUUGAGAAGACGUUUUCUUCUCGCUCCACUUCGAUUUUUAAUCCCGUCUUUAUUUCUGCUCUUGAAGAGCUUCUUGCAUCAAAAAAAUAUUUUGGAAAGUUUGGAAAUAUCUUAAAGCUUGUCAUCAAUAUUAAGGGGCAUCACUCUGGAUCUAGUAGCUCUAAAAGGUCAACCUCUACGGCAGCAGCAACGUUUCCAACGGUCUCUGCAUUUCUUACGUUUGAAAAGCCAGAGGAUGCAUCCGUAGCGAUUGGGAAUAUUGACAAUUCUUUGCUUGAAGGAUGUCUAGUUCGAGCUACAUAUGGCACCACGAAAUAUUGCGCCUUUUUCUUACGAGGACAAACGUGCCCUAAUCAAUCAAACUGUCUGUAUUUACACGAACUGGGCCAAAGCCAGAAUUCAUACACCAAAGAGUCGCUUUCUCACCGUCAAAGAGAUAUCUCAUUGAAAAGGCUGUUCGGAGUGUCUUCACAAGCGCAAUCGGAAAUAUCCAACGCCAAUCUCGGGUCUUUCGAUCAAAAUGCAAGCCCAAGUGGAUCCCCUGAAAAUGACCCUAAAGAUGCCCCGUUGAAUCAAAGCCAAGCGACAAGUAUCAAAUGUGCGCAAACUGACGCCGAUUCUGCUGAGAUAGCUUUGCCAAUUUCCCCAUCAAAAGCACCUAAUGAAGAUUUACAAUCCGUGUCGUCUAUGCACCCGGCUAGGUCAUCAUCAAGGUUUACAUUUGUGGCUGAUUUAAAUACGGAACACACUUCGAGUGAUCUCCCGUUUUCAGAACCAAAUUUUCCGAUGUCUGAUCUUUUUGAGUCUUUCAAAUCACCGACACCUUUCGGUUGUUUGACAGAAGCUAAAUCGCCACACGAUUUUGAGGAACAAACACCCAAAUUUUGCUGCUCUUUAGAGGACAUCAACAAUUCGUGCAUCGAAUUUUUGGAUAAACUCAACUUUGGUUUGGAUACGCUUACUGAUUUUGAAGAUCCUACAGCAACAAAAUCGGUCCAGCCUACUUAUUUGGCUGCAGCAAAGUCCAGCCCAUUGAAUGUUAGCAAUACCCCUAACCCUGAUCAUAUGCCCAAAAAGCCUGUCGAAUGUAAAAAUAGUGCAUUCACAUCCAAAUCUUCCGUUAAAAAAACCAGCGAUCCUUUACAGAAACCUGCAAAGCCUAAAAACAUUCAGUCGCAAACUUCCAUUGUUAGUUCAAUGGUAAAAAAGGACAAUGAUCACAGGACGGCGAGUAAAGAAAACGAUUUCAAGCCAUCCAAAUCGGCCACUUUUUCCUCCAUUUCCCAGGAAAAUACAAUCCCAAAACCUUCAAAUCCUUUUAUGUUCCUUACGGAGGAAGAUUUUAUUCAUUCUGUAGAUGGAUGUGAUAAUUUUUCUGCUUUCUCAUCAGCCAAGCAACAAUAUUUUUCCGCCAAUAACGGCUACAAGUCGCCUGGCUUGCAGAAAAAUUCGAAAAAGAAAAAGAAGCACGAGCUUAAGCAUGAUAUUGACGACCAAAUUAAAAAUCACUUGGAGUUUUGUGGAGAAUCGACUUUUCCGCAAAUCAACCUCGAUGAUGCCAAUUUCUAUAAAACCGAUACCUUGAAGCAUCAUGCUGAUGUGGAUGGAGGAGAAAAUUUCGAUCUCCACAAAACCUUUUCCACUGUACUCAGCUUUCUAGAAAGCUACAUCACAAGCGAAUCUGAACGCCUCAUUGAUCCUUUAAAGUACCAUCACAUUGACAAGGACGAUGGCGAUAUUUUCUCGCUGAAUUCCGUGUAUAAUUCCCUUGAGUUGAAUGAUUUCACUUCAGUGACGGGGCGUAUUUCCAGCGAUAUUCAAUGUUUCCUAGAGAGCCCAAAUUUGGUUGAUAUGACCGAUAUCAGUUCUGAUUUGGCAGAGUUUGACAGGCUGGUUGGGAUCAAUGGCGACGAUUUCGUUGACGGUCCAAUUCUAAAAUACGGCGAGCUGUUUCAUGCCAAUUGUGAUGUGUCUGAUUUUCAUUUGCCCGAUUCAUAUGUAGAUUUGGAAUCUUACCGCUAUUCUCUGCCCCAACUAGAACUG